CUUCCUUCAAGAAGAGCUGACACUAAAUUUACAAAGCCACCCUUUUGGAAGGCAAGGGCCUCAAAGUGUGUCCAGUAGUACUAUUAGGGCCCUAUCAUCAAUCAAACACAAACCGGCCCUUUGACUCCUAAAACCCCGCCCCUUGACCCCUUAAACCCCGCCCACCUAUCACCAGAAGUCCCACCCACAGGGUCAAGGAGGACACAUGACCGGAAGCAAAUUGUGUCAUGUGACCCCUCUAAGAACUCCUCCCACUGCCCUCUACCAAUCAGGAGAGGUUUCGCCCUCAUAGGCCUACCCGGAGAGGGGAUUUGACCAAUCAGGGGUGUUCCAGGGUGGGGUAACCCACCCGGAUGUGGCUCGUGUGACCCCUCUAAGAACUCCUCCCACUGCACUCUACCAAUCGCGAUGGGUUUCGGCCGCAUAGGACCAACCUGAGAGCAGAUUUGACCAAUCGGUGGUGUUCCGGGACGGGGUGACCUGUCCAGAUGAGGGUCGUAUGACCCUUCUAAGAACUCCUCCCAGCGCCCUCUGCCAGUCAGAGCGCAACACUAUCACCCCAUAAGUCCCAGCACCAGGGCAGAAGAGGCCAUCUUUUACCGAGGACGCGUGCUUUAGAAAUCGUGGAAGCAUGGACUCCUUCACCACCCCGUGAGUACUUUGGACUUUGUGUUAGCCCCGAGGGCCUUUGGACUUGUGUGGAGAAAGCGCUACAUGAGCGACAGUUCCCACAGUUCCCACAAGGAUGGAUACGCUGGAACCCGAAACCCAAACUCUCGUGAGGCACACCGAUGAGUGUGAUGGCCUCUCAUUUUCCACCCCCCUAGAGGUGGAAGGUGAACGCAGCUCAGGGGAAUCAUCGGAGGACAAGGUGAACGGAAAAGACAUUGCUCAGCUUGACGAUGCCUUUCUAGAGGACCCAGAGGCCCUGGACAGCAUUGCAUCAAGCAGCGAAGAUGAACCGGGCUCUCCUUGUUUUUGCUCAAUGCCGGUACAAAUUGUUGAAGAGGACUCCAAGGAUGACAGCUAUGAGGAGUUUAGGAGGCUUGGCAUGGAACUAACUGAGCCAAGGCCACGUCGUGAGCGUAAAAAAGUCACACGGACUAUUGUACACGUUGCUGUUUAUGCUGUCCUUAAUCAGUGCCUUAGGGAAAAGCUUUUUGAAGAUUGUGAGGGCUGUGUCAUAGAUGCGGCAGCCCAACGGCACCAUGACUGUGUGACUUGGACUUCAGUAGAUCUAAACUUCAAGCCCCGGCGCCUGUGUGCUGAGUUAUGUUUGGAAAGCUUAUUAAACACUGUUCUUGCCAUAGGUUACGCUCCGCAAUGUCUGUGCCUACCCAAGAACAUUUAGCAAAAGGGGUGACCUUGAUAAAUGCUGUGCAAUUUAGUGCAGACCCUGUCCGUCUUUUAAAGAAAAUGACCAAACCGGAAGAUGCCUGUGUCGCAUUCUUGACUUGAACUGGGACCGUAUAGAAUAUGAUUGCAACGAAGGUCCUAUAGUGGCACCAAAUCUUUUGUAAAGGGGGUCAUAUAAGGGGUCUAAGACCAGGUUAUGGGUUGCUGGUUAUGAUUAUGCUGUCUGUAUCAAUGUGUCAUUUUGCAGUUGAAGUUAUGAAU